UCGCUUCCGCUCCUGUUCCCACAAUGCUGUGCGGCUGAGCGCCUCCGAGCCCGCGGGGACGCUGCGGGGGCGCCCGGGCUGAGGCGGCGGCGGCGGCGGCGGCGGCGACGUGGGCUGCGGCGGGCCCGUGGCGUCGGGCGGUGCGGAUGUCGGGCUGGGCGGACGAGCGCGGCGGCGAGGGCGACGGGCGCAUCUACGUGGGGAACCUUCCGACCGACGUGCGCGAGAAGGACCUGGAGGACCUGUUCUACAAGUACGGCCGCAUCCGCGACAUCGAGCUCAAGAACCGGCACGGCCUCGUGCCCUUCGCCUUCGUGCGCUUCGAGGACCCCCGAGAUGCUGAGGAUGCAAUUUAUGGAAGGAACGGUUAUGAUUAUGGCCAAUGUCGGCUUCGUGUGGAGUUCCCCAGGACUUAUGGAGGUCGGGGUGGGUGGCCCCGUGGUGGGAGGAAUGGGCCUCCUACAAGAAGAUCUGAUUUCCGAGUUCUUGUUUCAGGACUUCCUCCAUCAGGCAGCUGGCAGGACCUGAAAGAUCACAUGCGAGAAGCUGGAGACGUCUGUUAUGCAGAUGUGCAGAAAGAUGGAAUGGGGAUGGUUGAAUAUCUCAGAAAGGAAGACAUGGAAUAUGCCCUGCGUAAACUGGAUGACACCAAGUUCCGCUCUCAUGAGGGUGAAACUUCCUACAUCCGAGUUUAUCCAGAGAGAAGCACCAGCUAUGGCUACUCACGGUCUCGGUCUGGGUCAAGGGGCCGUGACUCUCCAUACCAAAGCAGGGGUUCCCCACACUACUUCUCUCCUUUCAGACCCUACUGAGACAGGUGAUGGGAAUUUUUUCUUUAUUUUUUAGGUGAACUGAGCUGCUUUCUGCUCAGAAUCUACAUUCCAGAUUGAUGAUUUAGUGUCUUAGGAAAUUUUUUUAAUUUUUUUUUUUUUAAGGAAAUAAAACUACAUUAUUUCUACCAGGGCCAUAUUAGCAGUGAAACAUUUUUAACUGCGGCAAUUAUGGUUUUGGUUCAGAAACAAGUUGUAUAUUUUUCACCCUUGAUGAUGGGAAAAAAUCAGUGCUGUAUCUUUGUGGGUUGCUCUUCUAUGGAGAUCAGCAGUUACUGUGACUGAGUCAGCCCAUUCUGUUUAGAAAUAUAUUUUAAACGUUUAGUAAUU